AUGGUUACGUCAACAUUCAGUAAUCGAGUUAACGCAACGACGGAUCCAUUUAUUAAUCGUCGUAAACAACCACCUUUACAAUUAAACAUCCAUCAGAAUAAUCGCAGUGGUGGAAGCAGUAGCAGUAACAACAAUAAUAUUAGUCGCGUUGAUAGUACCUCUAAAAGAAUCGAUAAAAAUGCAAUAUCAAAAAGAGACUACGACCAUUCAAGUUUAUUGGCAAGAGCGAUGUCAGGAAAAUCUAUUUUGAAACUUAUCGAUGAUAUGGAUGAUGAAUUGAAAGAAAGGAAUGAAAAGUUAAGAGCUCUUUUAAGAAUUGAUGAUAGCGACAAUAACGACGACGACGACAACAACAGCACUACUUUUAAAAUAGUUGAUAAUUCACGACAAUCCUCACCUGAAGCUAUAAUACAAAUACCAACAAUUAAUAUUACAAAAGUACCCGAUAUUAACCAUGAAGAUCAAGAGAUUAUUCUAGCAGAACUAGUAGCAGAAAUAGCGGCAACAGAACCAGUUAAUGAUGGUAGCAGAAAUAGUUUUAGAUCAACCUCCUCUUUUAUUAGCUAUAAUGGUAGUGGAAAUAAUUUGCCGUCAACGCCUUCUUUUGGACCUCCUAAAAGAAUCCAAUCCAGUCUUAGAAUUCAAGUUAACAUUAAUGAUACUGACAGCCAACUUUCAUCGACACCAACAUCUUUAACGCCGCGAACAAACACCUUCAAUGCUGACAAGUCAAAAAACAAAUAA